AUGGGCCUCUUCGUCAUUGCUCUCGCAAUAGCCCAUGCUCCGCGCGUCUCGUGCAGUGGACAGAAGGUCAAGGAGAGCAGAAUAGGUGACUAUCCGAGCUUCCUUCGCGUGUCCCAUUGCCCAACUGACCUCCUUUGCGUUUUCACCGUGGUUUACGAAAUAUUUGCUACGGUGUUACUGGCCUUUGGAUGCUAUCGUAACAUUCACGACGUGGGCACCACUAAAGAGCAAAAGAAGGGCCUCAUGUAUCUGAUGCUCAAGGAAGGUCUCUUAUACUCUGGAUUCGUCACUCUGUUCACAACGACUGCGAUGGUCUUGAACUAUGCUGCUCCGCUUGGCUCUUUCUGGCAACGGUUGCUGAACGCUCUUACGAUUCCAAUCUCCGGGCUCAUGUCGGCUCGCUUCAUUCUCCAUGUUCGCGAGUGGCACGACCGUGACUUGCAUGAGCAGUUCACCUCAACUGGUGCCUUGGCCAGUGGAAUCAGAUUCCAGUUUCCCCAAUCCCCUGAGGACAGCGAUAGCGAUUGGAGUCGAGAGGACCUCUCCUACAUUGGGAACAGGUCUGUCUCCGAUUACGACCAAUCGUCCUUCCAGGAGAGUACUACUGGUAAUCGCGACAUCGACCAAUCAAGCAUUGCAGGCCCAAGUCGAAUUCGACCCAACGACCCCUCUAUCGUGUGA